GAGAUUUGCCAGGACUUGGGUCUUUACUGGGAGGGCUAGGCCAUGAGAGAGUUAUGAUAUCAUCUGGCUGGAUAUUUCAUCGCCAUCCCAAAUUCUAAUUCGUGUUCGCAAUCAUAAAAUGAUAAGCGCGACGAGACGCUGGCUUCGCCGCCAUCGCAACGGUAUAGCUAUUGGCGUUGGUGUUGUUGGAGCGGGAUACCUGGCCGGCCAAUAUGUCCUAUCGAAGAUAUCGGAGACUAGAGAGCGCAUGAGUAGCGAACGGAUUGCUCGAGAGAAUCUUCGAAGGAGAUUCGAACAAAACCAAACGGACUGCACUUUUACCGUGCUUGCCUUGCUGCCGACGGCCGCGGAGAAUAUUCUCGAGGCUCUACCAGUCGAGGAGCUGACGAAUGAGUUGCAGCAAAAGAAGGCGGAGCGGCUUGCCAAACUCAAUGCUGGCGAGACAACGGGAUCCGAUCUUAGUAGCUCAGGUGUCCCAAGCGCGACGGAGGAUGAUGGACGUAGUCUUUCAAGCUUCCGGAGCGAGGGGUAUGUUCAUACCAUGGAGAGCUCUUCGGAAGCGGAGACCCAGAAACCGAAGAGUAGAGCACAAUUGUGGAAUGACCUGAAGAUAAACUCUUUGACGAGAUCAUUUACCCUUAUUUACACCCUUUCCCUCCUCACCCUCCUCACACGCAUCCAGCUCAACCUCCUCGGCAGACGAAAUUACCUCUCGAGCGUGGUAUCGCUCGCGUCCCCUCCUCAGGACCAGUCAGUUAUCAAUCUUGAGGACCAUGAUGACGAACGCAUUGGGCAUGCCUUUGGCAAUGACUUCGAAACAAAUCGUCGCUAUCUAACAUUUAGUUGGUGGCUGCUACACCGUGGCUGGCGACAGUUGAUGGAAAAGACAAAGGAAGCUGUCAAGGAUGUAUUUGGACCAGUAAAUCCACGAGAGGAUAUCACGCAGGAAAGGUUAUCCGAAUUGACACUCGCUGUACGGAAGAGGAUUGAAGGUGCUACGGAGGAAGAGCGAAAAUCUACCAUGUGGCUACCAUAUCUCCUCCCCUCGCGGGAUCAGGAGAAUUACGUCCUGGAGGAAUCUGGCGUCCUCUCGGCUUCGGAAGCCUCGUCCCCACAAAGCAAUUCCAGCCUCCGCCAUCUCCUAGAUGAGACCUCCGACCUCAUCGACUCCCCACAAUUCAGCCAAAUAUUUACCCUUCUCAACAACGAAGCCUUCUCCACCCUAAUCGAUAAAAACUGCGCCAUCGAAGCCUUCAAAAAUCCCCUUCCUUCUCACCACCACUCAUCCUCCACGCUACAGCACCAUCAGCAGCAACAACAACACCUGCAAAAUUUCUCCUCAUCCGUGACCCUCACUCCAGCCACGUACACCUCCGCCCCCACUACACCCUCUAAGGCCAAGCUCGCAACUAUCCUCGCCGUAAUCGCGCGCCAAGCCCAUGUAAUCGGAAACGGCGCCAAACCCCCCAAUGACUACCUCACAGCCAUGGAACAAGGCGUGCGCGAACUAGAAGCCUUCGCCGCCGUUGUCUAUAGCACCAACUUCGCUGACGCGACGCUGCCUCUCCGCAGCCCGGACAAGGAGGACGGUUCGAUUUGGUGGGGAGAACGCUCGCCCUCAGCGACAGCUGCUGAUGGUAAUGCUGACAAUGCCAAUAACGCGUCGCGCCAGGGUUCAACUGGUUCCCCUGCACCGAGGGCGGACGUUGGCGAGUUGGGCAGCGGCGGGAAAGGUGACGUGCCGGAUAUAGGGGGUGAGGAGAGCACUGAUGACCUGGGGAUCCAACAGCAUGAGCAUCCGUCGGUGCCGCCCGCUGGUGGGCGUGAUGAUGACGGUGACGGCGAUGGCACUCCGAGUUUUGAGAAAGUGUGGGGGAGAGCGGUUGAGCAACAGCAGCAGCAACAGCAGGGUUCGUCGUCGUGACGUGGUAUUAUUUUAGUUUUUAUUUCAUAUAUUCAUAUCUUCAUUGACUA